AUGCCAACUUUACAAUGGGCUUCUCCGGCCGCCGUUAGUCUUUUGGUUCUGGUGCUGCAGAACAGUCUGUUGGUUGUCAUGACGCGUUACUCCCGUGCUAAUGUGCCGCCGGAGAGGCAAUACCACGCCUCCACACUUGUGCUUAACCAGGAAAUUGUUAAGAUGCUGUUUUGCAUCAUUAUCUUUACUGUAGAAAACUACUUGUGCGGAGUCCCUCUGCUUGAACUCGGUAAAUCCUCCACUGCUCAAAGUGGCGUUCCACAACUUUUGUGGGGUGUGAUUUUUCAAAAGGAAACUCUUAAGCUGGCGGUACCCGCGGCUCUUUUUACCAUGCAGAAUUACCUUACUUUUAUCGGUCUCUCUGAGCUUGACGCAUUGUCUUUUCAAGUUUGGUCACAGACCAAGCUGAUCUCCGCCGGCGUGUUUUCUCUGAUACUACUAGGGCGACGGCUGAGCAUGAUGCAAUGGUUGUCGUUGCUUGUGCUCACACUUGGUGUUCUUCUUGCCCAGCUGCAGAAUGGUGGGGGGAAGAGGCCAAAUAAGCUUUUGCUCAAAGAACAGCGUCCUCAGAGGCCUCUGCUUGGAGUUACUUCCUGCGUGCUGUCGGGGCUUUCUUCGAGUUACGCUGGUGUAUAUUUUGAGAAGGUCGUCAAAACCACUGCGCCAUCGCUGGCGGUGCGGAACAUUCAUCUCUCGCUUUUUGGGAUCCCCUUUGCUGCGCUCUCUGUGUUCUUACUCGAUUUUCUUCCCACUUUGCCCGCCGAGGGGAAACACGGUCAAGCGUUCCAUUUUUGGCGGGGGUAUGACCAGUGGCUAACCAUUGGGCUUGUUUUUAUUCAUGCACUCGGUGGACUUUUGGUUGCUAUCGUGGUGAAGUACACGGACAAUAUUGUGAAGGGCUUUGCAACAGGGGUGGCAGUGGCGGUGAGUGGCUUCAUGUCUUUUAUUAUUUGGGGGCAUAUGCCAUCCGUAAUGUUUGUUUUGGGUUGCGUUCUUAUUACAGCAGCAACCGUCAUGUAUCAUUUUUUUGACCUUCACGUGCCAACCCACUGA